AUGAGAAUACUAAAUUCAACUCCGACUCCCAAAUUGAAAUUGUAUCACAAUCACAAUCACAAUCACAAUCACAAUCACAAUCACAAUCACAAUCACAAUCACAAUCACAAUCACAAUCACAAUCACAAUCACAAUCACAAUCACAAUCACAAUAGCAAUCACAAUCACAAUCACAAUCACAAUCACAAUCACAAUCACAAUCACAAUCACAAUCACAAUCACAAUCACAAUCACAAUCACAAUCACAAUCACAAUCGCAAUCACAAUCACAAUCACAUUUACAAUCACAAUCACAAUCACAAUCACAAUAGCAAUCACAAUCACAAUCACAAUCACAAUCACAAUCACAUUUACAAUCACAAUCACAAUAGCAAUCACAAUCACAAUCACAAUCACAAUCACAAUCGCAAUCACAAUCACAAUCACAAUCACAAUCACAUUUACAAUCACAAUCACAAUAGCAAUCACAAUCACAAUCACAAUCGCAACCACAAUCACAAUCACAAUCACAAUCACAAUCACAAUCGCAAUCACAAUCACAAUCACAAUCACAAUCACAAUCACAAUCACAAUCACAAUCACAAUCACAAUCACAAUCACAAUCACAAUAGCAAUCACAAUCACAAUCACAAUCACAAUCACAUUUACAAUCACAAUCACAAUAGCAAUCACAAUCACAAUCACAAUCACAAUCACAAUCACAAUCACAAUCGCAAUCGCAAUCACAAUCACAAUCACAAUCACAAUCACAAUCACAAUCACAAUCACCAUCACAAUCACAUCUAA